UUUCCCCGGUCGAUUGUAGUAUUUGUCCGUCGCGCUGAGAGCCAGAUCUCUAGCACUGGUGGUCACCCGACAAAUUAAUCGGAACUCGAUUUCUUCUUCCGCCGUCCCCUCCUCUUCCUCCUCCUCCUCCUCCUCGCCCUCUCGCCUGCCGACGACGGCGAUGGCAUCGUCUCUAACUACUGUCCUCCACCCAGAUGGACCUUCUCCAGUUCCCGAACGUCGUUCCUUCCAAAUCCAAUAAAACUAUUAAAAAUUUAAUUUAACUUUAUAUUUAAUUAUUAUAAAAUAAUCAGAUGAGAUUUGUGAUUUUCGAACAGCAGUGUCGUCUUCCCAAACUCGGAACCCCGAAGAGGCCAAAGCUGCCCGAGGAUGCAACAUCCCCGGUUCCCUCCACGGUCUCUCUCUCGCCGCACUUCCCUCCUUCCAAAUCCAUUCCAUCCCGAUUGCCGUAGAUUCCGCAGAACCUCCCAUGCCGGCACUCUAAUUACUAUUCCUUCAAGCACCCAUAACUCUUUACUUUUUCUCCAUGCAAAUAACUACGACAACAACCAAAGCCAGACCACUCGCCCGCUUCCAUCUUCUCAAACUCAAACCAAGCUCUGGGAGUCCAGGAUCGAGCUUCAGCUGCGGAAGAGCAACUAUAAGAAGUGCAUCUCCUUGUACUACCAAAUGGUUGAUGAACUCAUGGCGCCGACUCCAGCGACAAUAGUCCAUGUCCUCCAGGCCUGCUCCUCGCUGUCCGACCUCAAAAACUUGAGGCUUGUGCACAAUGACAUCUUACGCCUCGAACUGGAGUCCCAUAGCUCCGUCGCUGCUGGCCUACUGAAUGGGUACUUCAAAUGCGGAUCACCUGAGACAGCGCACCGGCUGUUUGACAUAAUGCCUCGCAGAGAUAUUGUUUCUUGGACCAUUGUCAUAGCCCAUAGUUACAAAACCGGGAACUUUGACAAGGCGAUUCAUUAUUUUAGAGCGAUGAUCGAUGAAGGUGUCUCUCCAGAUGAUGUUGCUCUUGUUAGCAUCUUGUCAGCUUUAAAACCCUAUGGUCGGCUAAGGCAUGGCUCUGAGGUCCAUGGCUACUUGAUAAGGAGGUUUCCUGAAUUAAGCAAAGCUGCUAUCAGCUCACUGGUAGACUUCUAUGCUAAGCUUGAGAGGAUGGAUUAUGCUGAUCGGUUGUUGAGUCAAUCCAUUGAACCUAAUGUUGUGGCCUGGACUGCAUUGAUGACGGGCUACACUCGCGUGCAAGAUAUGAAUGGCGCCUUGCAGACAUACCUGAAGAUGGUUAGUUCUCAAAUUGUGCCAACUGAGAAGACCAUCAGUUGUGCUCUCGGAGCUGUUUCCAAACUGGGAUUUCUUGGAAUUGGGACUCAGAUCCAUGGUUAUAUAUUUAAAAGACAGUUUGAGUUGGAUGAUCACAUUUUGAGCGGUCUGAUUGACAUGUACAGCAUAUGUGGGGCUCCCUUCUAUAUUUGUCGGCAGCUCUUUGAUCAAAUGCUCAUUAAAAAUGUGGUGUCUUGGACCACCAUGAUACUAGCCUAUGGCCGGAGCGGAGAAGGGCAUGCCGCACUCCAACUAUUCGAUGAAAUGCAAGCAGCAGGUGUUUGUCCGGAUUCUGUUGCUUUUACAGCAAUCCUUUCUUCAUGUAGUUCGUCCAGUAUGUUACAUGAAGGAUUAAGCUGCUUUAAUUCGAUGAUUCUAGAUUACGGGAUAAAGCCAAGGGAAGAGCACUACGCUUGUUUGAGAGGUUUGCUUGCAAAGGAUGGGAGAUUAAAAGAAGCAUAUGAAGUAAUUGAAGGUACAGCUUUGAGAGAUGACAAGGGCACUUGGGAGGCCUUCUUAGGGGCCUGCAGGGUUCAUGGGAAUACAAGUUAUGGUGAAAUUGCUGCAACAAAACUUGUUGAGUUAGAGUCAGAUAAUUCUACAGCCGGCAAUGUGGGAUCGGAUGAUGCUGGUAGCUUGCCCACUUCAUAGUCACAGGUAAUAUGGUAUUCUUUAGAUUUUCUCAUGCAAAUACACACGUGCCUUCACAUAAAGGAUAUUCUAUUAAUGUUGAAAUGAGAAGCUUUUCUUGCUCUGCAUUACCUGGAUAAA